AUGAGCGUGAACGUAGACAAGAUCCUGGAGAGUCCAGAAGUAAGGCACACGGUUACAUACAACACGCGUGAUUUAUUGUUGUAUUCCGUAGGUAUCGGCGAGUCAAAUCUCCAAUUCACGUACGAAUAUAAUGAAAAUUUUGCCGCGUUUCCGCUCUAUCCUGUGUGUUUACUUUUCAAGGGCCAGUCACAGAAUGUAGUCCCUUAUCCACCUGAAUUUUUAUCGGCUUCAUACGAUGGUUUACCUAGCUUUAAUCCGGCCAUGAUUCUUCAUGGCGAGCAAUCGAUCGAGAUCUUGAGGCCACUGGAUCCAUCAGGUGGCACUCUCACGGGAAAAACCAAAAUCAUUUCCUUUUACGACAAGGGCACGGGCACGUUAAUGGAGACGUACACCCAAUUUGAGGACGAAGUCGGACCUCUGGUCAAACUUAUAAGUGGUUCGUUUAUCCGGGGGCUUACAGGUUACAAAGGAAAAGGUCGCAAGCUACCACCCCACGUUCAGAUUCCCAAGUGCCAACCUGACUAUGUAGACGAGUUUAAAACGUCACUUCAUCAAGCGCAGAUUUAUCGCCUCUCAGGCGACUACAAUCCACUACAUGUUGACCCAGAGGUUGCCAUGAGCGUGGGUUUUGAGAAACCUAUACUACAUGGCUUAUGCUCCAUGGGUAUAGCUAGCCGUGCGCUUUUUAAACAGUUUUGCGGUGGCCAAGUGGCGCGAUUCAAGUCUAUCCGUGUGCGUUUUUCAAGCCCUUGCUACCCUGGCGAGACUAUCCAAACCCGAAUGUGGCAAGCAACUGGUGGCAGAAUUCUAUUUCAAGCUGUGGUGAAGGAGCGCGACGUCGUGAUCCUCAAUGGUGGCGAAUUCAUCUACGACGUAGAAUCAUUGUCACGUCUUUAG